UAGAUUCUGUGUCGAACCGAGAAUGCUCUCCCUUGUUGUGAACAAGGAAGAAGAGAAGAAAUGCCUGAGAAGCAGCUAAUAUGGGGUUGAUAGAGAGCAUUGCCUUCCCAGAGCAAGAUGAGGGACCAGAUGCUCCAAUCGUUGAUGUGGAAAAGGUGCUUGGAGACCAAGCUUGGGAAUCAUUCCUUCACUCCUAUAGCUGCUUUUGGAGGUGUUGUAUCAAAAAAAAGAACUCCGUAAUAGACGUGCCAAUGAACUACUACUAUUUUGAGCAAGGGAAGACUGAUAUAAACUUAAUGGAAUCCACAUUUUCUGCUAACAUGGUCACUACAGAUGCGAAUAACAAACAAGGAGGCUCAAGGAGACAGGCAACACCAGAAAUGAUCGGACUGGAGACGAGGUUCAACAACGACACGGACACUGAGCAGAAGUACAACUUCAACUUCCAGAAGGAGAGGUCAGCGUCUGUCGAGGUCACCUACCAGCGAGGCUUCUCCAUCGGUGGCAAAGCUAACUUUACUCUCGGGAUACCCAAGAUAGCCGAGGACAGCAGUCUAGGGGUAGAAAUUGAAACUCACGUUCAGGUCACCAAGACAACGGGCGAAAAACACGAGGAGAGAGUGACCACCUCGGCGACAAGCGAGAUAACUGUGGCUCCCCACAGUCACUAUACAAUUACUGUCGUCAUGGAGGAACGGAACCUGGAGGCAACGUUCAAGCUCUCGACCCACUGCAUCAAACUUAAGCAAACAGAGGCAGACCGUAGCAAUAACACAGAUGCAGAUUCUCCUCAAAAUGGUUCCAUGGACGUUGGAAGUAGAGCAGCAGGGAUUGUUGGUCAACGGCCAGGCAUCCGAAGCGAAGCAGCCCGCAUCCCUGCAGAAGGUAGGAUGCCUCAGAGAGGUCCAGAUGCAGCAACGUCCAGCAGGCAAAGUGUCAUCCAAGUGGUUGAACAGAGAGCAACAGAUGGCGUUUCCGUGUAUUUUCCUAACGACUACUAA